AUGGCUGAGACUUCUGGAACUAAAGGAACCCACGAGGUUGUUCUUACUGUCAAUAAUGACAAAUCUAAUGAAGGCUCCAUCAUCUUUGUCUCUAUCCCUUUCUUACAGAAGAUGGUGGCAGAGUUGGUGGGGACAUACUUUCUAAUAUUUAUUGGGGGUGCAUCAAUAGUGGUGAACAUUAACAACAACAACGUCGUAACGCUUCCUGGGAUUGCCAUCGUUUGGGGUCUUCUCGUCAUGGCUCUUGUCUAUUCUCUUGGUCACAUCUCUGGUGCUCAUUUCAAUCCUGCCGUCACUCUCGCUUUUGCUUCCACUAAACGAUUUCCCCUCAAACAGGUGCCAGCUUAUAUAUUAAUUCAGGUUUUAGGAUCCACUCUUGCAAGUGUGACUCUCAGACUGGUCUUCACAGGAAAACAUGACCAAUUCAUAGGAACAUUAUUAUCUGGGUCGUAUCUUCAGGGCUUUGUGGUUGAAUUCUUAAUCACCUUCUACCUCAUGUUUGUCAUCUCUGGUGUGGCAACUGAUGGCAGAGCGAUUGGUGAGCUGGCUGGGAUUGUCGUAGGGGCAACCGUAAUGCUUAUUGUGUUGUCCGCCGGGCCGGUAACAGGAUCGUCAAUGAACCCGGCGAGAAGCCUAGGGCCAGCAAUUGUGUGGCACGAGUAUAGAGGAAUAUGGGUGUAUAUGAUAGCACCAGUGGGGGGAGCAAUAGCAGGGGCAUGGGUAUACAACAUCAUGAGGUAUACAAACAAGCCAGUGCAUGAGAUCACAGCAAAGAGCGCUUCUUUCCUCAAAUCUUCAAGCUGUUGUGGUGCCUCCAACUGA